CGCUCUCUCACCUCGCAUUACCUGUCCCUGCUCCCUUUGUGAGCAGGCCACCAGGCUGCUUCUUGCACUGACUGUCUUUUACUGUCCUCUCUCCAGGUCCACCUCCAUCCCACAGCCAUGUCCUGCUACGAUCUGUGCCGUCCCUGUGGCCCGACCCCGCUGGCCAACAGCUGCAACGAGCCCUGUGUGCGCCAGUGCCAGGACUCCCGCGUGGUGAUCCAGCCCUCUCCCGUGGUGGUCACCCUGCCCGGACCCAUCCUCAGCUCCUUCCCCCAGAACACCGCUGUGGGAUCUUCAGCAUCUGCUGCUGUUGGAAACAUCCUGAGUGAGGAGGGAGUUCCCAUCUCCUCCGGUGGCUUUGGCAUCUCUGGCCUAGGCAGCCGCUUCUCUGGCAGGAGAUGCCUGCCCUAUUAAAGGCAACUCCAAUUUCCCAUGAGCUUAUCCCUGUGGAAGCCCAAAGUCAGGCACCGGACUGAAAACGGAGCUGCUGGCCAAAGUUUCCAGAUGGGCUGAGCACCCUUAUGCCCUCCUGUUAAGCAGAGAUGCAAG